AUGAAAAGAGAGACAUCCAAGACUGUCACUAUACCGUUGGAGAAAUACCCAGAAGGCUACCCACGACUAGCAGCUUUCCAGUCAAGCGAAUCCAGCUUUUCUAUCUAUCGGUCUUUUGGCUAUCUCCAUUCUCGCGUCAUCCUGAGCAUGCAGAAUGAGCUCCACGAACUUGAAGACAAUCUCAAGGAUCUUGACAAUGCGGACCUUUUGGUGAACAAGAAACUACUCACCUCUUGUCAAAAGGCUGGAGCUAAACGAGCGACCCUACUCUCCACUAUCGGUGAAAAACUGGUUCGUUAUGAUGAAGUACUGAUGAAGGCACGAGAGAUGAAUGCAUUUCAGCGACCAGGUAACAGGGAUUACGGCAGCUUGAGACGUUGGUUCUACUACAAAGGUCCACUUAUAGCACGUGAUGCAGACUUCAUAAAGAGAAGAGAGGACCUUGUUACUCUUCGGCAAGGUCGAGAGUGGGCCGGGUUCGAUGGCUGGAUUGAGUCGUCAAUCAAGAGGCUACCAGUAGGUCUGGCAGAGAAACUGUUCACUACGCCUGAGCUACGUGCGAAAACUAAGGACCCGAAAAUGCGAUAUUACUCUCCAGAGCGAAUUGAGAGACUUGUCGGCAUCCUUAUCACGCUCAUCAUAUUCAUCCUGCUGGUCCUACCAGUGGUUGCAAUGUACAAGCUUACGUCGGUCGGUAAUCGUAACUCGACCAUUGAUGCCGUCGGUCUCCUUGUAGUGUUCACGUUGCUUUUCUCAGCGGCCAUGUCCAUGUUGACAAAGGCAAAGAGACACGAGCUCUUCGCAGCGUCUGCUGCCUACUGCGCUGUACUUGUCGUCUUCAUAUCGAACUUCAGCAACGAUGGUAAUGGAGGCGGAAUAGGAAUAGGUGCAUGA